AUGUCGUGCAUUGGUUCAUGUGAGAGUGCCAGCAGCUCCAACAGACACAGUCACAGCAAGAUAGCAGAGUCACACAUUAUUUACACCCCUAUCAGUUAUGCAUCAACAAGUGAGUUGCUCAGUAGGAAGUGCAAGUUCCCCUCGUUUCUGCGAACGGUCUCCAGUGAUGAGCAUCAGACCAUAGCGAUCGCUGAGUUGGUGAAGCAUCUCACCUGGGAGAGCGUGGGAGUGAUAGGCAGUGACGAUGAGUUCGGCAAGUAUGGUGUCGAGAAGCUGAUCGAUCACUUCAAUGACAGGAAACUGUGUGUGGACUUCAAGGAGAUCCUAUCACUUCUUGAGGAACUCAAGCGGGUUGACUUCAUAGUGGACAAUACCACACACAUAGCUUUCGAUGAAGAUGGUGACCCUACUACAGGAUAUGACGUCGUAGAGUGGAACAUGUCGGUUUCAGAAAAUCGGAUAAUAACCGUUGGAGAGUACUUGCCUAAUGAACCCAUCCGCAUCAGAGAGCAUCUCAUCAGAGAGUUUGAAAAUGUUACAGUGACUUUUGCCAACUGCUGUAAGAAGUGCGUGGCCUGUCAUCCACAAAGUGAGUACACAUCCUCAGACAUGGACAGAUGUUUGAAGAAAACCAUUGAGUACKUGGGGUGGACUGACGCUUUCACCAUUGUUCUGGUCUCAUUUGAUGUCUUGGGGAUUGUUGUCAGCCUUCUGGUGGCCAUUUUGUUUGCCGUGGAUCGAAGAACACCCUUAGUGAAAUCCACUGGAGGCUACCUCAGCUUCCUGGAGCUGCUGUCCCUGCUGGCUUGCUUCUGCUGUAUCAGUAUGUUCCUGGGGGAGCCGACAAAGACCACCUGUCUGGCGCGUCUCCCACUCUUCGGCAUGGCCUUCACUGUCUGCGUUUCCUGCAUCCUGGCCAACCUGCUCCAGAUCUUCGUGGGCUUCACUUUCGAUCUGAGGGUUACAGUCGGCAACACACUGAAGCGCCUCAACCGACCCAUCGCCGUGGUAACGUGCUGCUCGGCGGUCCAGGUGGCCGUGUGCGUGCUGUGGCUGACCUACGCCCCACCGUUCAUUGUCGAAAGCAGCAGGUUCGACGAGGCCACCAUCCUUCUGGAGUGCAACAAAGGUUCCAAAACGCUCUUUGGCGCCAUGUUGACUUACAUUGCCCUGCUGGCAGUGGUCUGCUUCCUGUUUGCGUUCAAAGGGAAGCAGUUGCCAGAUUUGUAUAAGAACGCCAGUUUUGUCUCCAUCAGCAUGAUGAUUUUCCUGGUGGUUUGGAUCGUCUUCAUCCCUGUCUACAUCAACAUGUCGGGGAAGUACCAGCAGGCCAUCGAGGCGGCGGCCAUCUUGGUGUCCAAUUACAGCGUCCUCUGCUGUCACUUUGUUCCCAAGUGCUACAUCAUGCUCUUCAGGAAGGAGCUCAACAACCAGAAUGCCAUCACAAAUUACAUCCGGAAACACUACGAAAAGAAGGGCAUGGCUGUUGUCAACAAAUAGUUUGUUGAUAGUAGCGAUACAAAGUAUUUGAGGUAGAUAUGU